AAGAUCUCACAUUUUCUUUCACUCUCACAAACCCUUCAUUAUCUCUCUCUCUCUUUCUCCAAAAAUGGCAUCAAAACUCUCACUCAUUCUCUUUGUUCUAGCAAUAUGGACCCUUGAUUCAUCUCAAGGAGCUUUAACUCAUCAAGCUCCAGCACCAUCAGUUGACUGCACAAACCUUGUCUUAACAAUGGCUGAUUGUUUGUCCUUUGUAACAAACGGUAGCACAACAACAAAACCAGAAGGAACUUGCUGUUCUGGUUUGAAAUCUGUGCUCAAAACUGCUCCUUCUUGUCUCUGUGAGGCUUUCAAGAGUAGUGCUCAGUUUGGUGUUGUCUUGAAUGUUACCAAAGCUACUUCUCUUCCUGCUGCAUGCAAAGUCUCUGCUCCUUCUGCUACUAAAUGUGGAUUGUCUGAAGUGACUGAAGCACCUGCUUCUGCUCCUGCUGGAGGUCUCUCUCCACAAUCAUCUACAGCUUCUCCAACAUCUUCUGGUGCAGCUUCAGGUUUGAAUGGUCCUGUAAGUGAACUAUCUCCAGUUCCAGCACCAUCUCCAGGGAAUACAGCUUCAGGACUAUUCCCAAUUUCAAUGGGAUCCUUACUUGUUUGCUUAUUGGUGGCUACAAUGUCACUUUUUUAGAUUGAUUUUCAUCAUUUCAUUUUGAGAUCAGAGGAUGACAUGAGGGUUAUUUUGAUGCUUCUUUGAGUUUUACCAUUAGAUUACUUCUCAUUAUGUGUGUGACUUAUUAGUAGAUACAAUUCAUUCUAGGAGUGACUCAAACUUAUUUUAAGCUUGUACCCUCUCUCUUUAUUAUAUAUGUUAUAUUAUAUAUAAGUCUA